CCGCCCUGCGGGUCUACGCGGCGGGAGCAGCGGUGAUCUUGGCGCAGCUGCUGCGUCGCUGCUGCGGGGGCUUCCCGGAGCCAGCAGGUGGUCACCAAUGAAGGGAUUGUGGUCCAGGCGGCAGGCCCUGGCCAAAGGCGCCAUGGAGAGCAAAGCUCCGGAAGGUUCCCAGGCGGACCUGAAGCUGGUGGCCCAUCCCCGCGCCAAGAGCAAGGUGUGGAAAUACUUUGGCUUUGACGCUGACGCCGAUGGAUGCAUCUUGCAGUGGAAGAAGAUUUCCUGUCGGAUCUGCAUGGCCCAGAUCGCCUACUCGGGCAACACCUCCAAUCUCUCCUACCACCUGGAGAAGAACCACCCCGAGGAGUUCUGUGAGUUGGUCAAGAGUAACACGGAACAGAUGCGGGGGGCCUUUGCCACGGCCUUCUCCAAGCUCAAGCCAGACUCGUCCUCCCAGCAGCCACUCCCUCAGGACGGGCCCACGGCCAGCCUGGCCAGAUACAGCCACGACAGCCCCAAGCAGCAGGAGCUGACGGCGGCCGUGGCCCGGCUCAUCUCUGAGGGGCUCUACCCGGCCUCCAUCGUGGACGAACCCAGCUUCCAGCUGCUCCUGCACACGGCCGACCCCAGGUACCAGCUGCCCAGCCGGAAGUACUUCACCACCCAGGCCCUGCCUGAGAGGUACAGUGCCAUCCGGGAGGUCAUCCUGGAGGAGGUGGCACGGGUGUCGUGGUGUGGCAUCUGUGCAGAUAUGUGGCACAGCCCUAGCCAGAGUCGCACCUACGUCACCCUGGCGGUGCACUUCCUCCCCGUCAGCACCCCUCCAAGCUCCCUGUCGGUGAGGUCCUGGUGCUUAAAGACGUUCGAGAUACCCCCAGAGGAUGCAGCUGAAGCCAUGACGAGGUCAUUGUAUGAAGCCUUUAUUGAGUGGGGUCUUAGCAACAAGCUUUCGGGGGCCGCCACGGAUCGUGGCCAGGAUAUCACGCAGGCCUGUGCGUUGCUGGACAUCCCCGUGCAUGUGCCGUGCCUGGGCCACGCCUUCCACGUGGCCAUCCAGGCGGCCCUGCAGCUGCCCCGGCUGUCGGCACUGCUGGAGCGGUGCCGCAAGCUGUUGGACUACUUUGAGAAGGUGCCCGCCGCCGUGGGCAUGCUGGUGGCCAAGCAGAAGCAGCUGGGCAUGGCGGCUCAGCACCUGCUGGUCAGCGACCGUGUGGGUGGCUGGGGCCGCACGCUGGCCAUGCUGCAGCGCCUGCUGGAGCAGCAGUUGGCCAUCACGGGCGUGCUCGGGGAAGACAGCUGCUACCACCACCUGAUGCUGGAGCCUGCCGAGUGGGCCACCCUGGAGGGGCUGGCUGAGUUGCUGCGGCCCUUUCAGCAAGUGGGUGCCACGCUGGCUGCCUCCCAGGUCCCCGCCAUCAGCAUGCUCAAGCCGCUGCUGCAUAUGCUGCAGAGCUCCACGCUGCGUGUCCAGGAGACGGACCUGAAGGAGUUGGGCAUGGCCAAGGAGGUCAUUGCCCAGGAGCUGGCCUGCGCGUACCAGGAGGUGCCCGAGGUGGACCAGUUCCUCAACGUGGCCAGCUUCCUGGACCCGCGCUACAAGCACCUGCCAUUCCUGUCUGCCCCCGAGAGACAAGGCGUGGAGCUGCGCGUGGCACAGGAGCUCAGGGCGCUGCUGGACUCGGCCCACAAUGUGGACUUGAGGCCACCACAGGGGGAGGAGGAAGAGGAGCCCCCGGGGAAGAAGAAGCCCCCCACACCGCCGCCACCGCCACCCCCCAGCCUCAUGGUCCACAGCAUGCUUGCUGAGAUCUUCCACCCUGCAGGCGGCGAGGAUGAGGAGCAGGAGUGGGAGGCCCACGUGCUGGAGGAGCUGAGCAACUUCAAGGCGCAGAAGCCCCUGGCGCUCAGUGGAGACCCCCUGCGCUGGUGGUCCGAGCGCCUCCUGCUCUUCCCUGUUCUGCACCGCGUGGUGCAGAAGUACUGGUGUGUGCCCGCCACGCGCAUGCCCCCCGCGCGCCUCUUUGGCCCUGCGGCACAGCACACGGUGAGCACCAAGAGGAACUGGCUGACCCCCAUGCACGUGGACCGCCAGGUGUUCCUCUAUGAGAACGCACGCAGUGCCCAGGCUGGAGUUGAGGAGGACCAGGAAGACGAGGAAGCAGAGGGGAGAGUGGGCCAGGAGCAUGUGUGGCAGCCGGCGGACAUGGUGGACAGCGACUUCGGGGGUGGCACUGCUGGACAGUGGUGACUCACUGGGCCCUGGGGGUGACCCCCGAGGCCACCCACGGGGUUGGCAGCAGAGACAGGCAGAAGGAGGAACACCCCCUCCUCAAGACUCGGGUCUCCCCCUUGGGGGGGAAAUAAAAGUUGUAGGUG